CAAGUGAUUUUUUUUCAUGAUGUGGGCGGGGUUAUUGUUUGUCAGCUUCGUUUCUUAGCAAUAGAGCAGAGUCCAAGAUAUUCAGUGAUCCGCUGCAGUGAAACUUAGGAACGAAGGUCUGUAAUCGUGUACUGGAACAUCACGAAAACACGGAGAUAAAGGCAUGGCAGCCAUAAGGAAAAAGCUAGUGAUCGUGGGAGAUGGAGCAUGUGGAAAGACCUGUCUACUAAUAGUGUUUAGUAAAGAUCAGUUCCCCGAAGUCUAUGUGCCCACUGUGUUCGAGAACUACAUUGCUGACAUUGAGGUGGACAGCAAACAGGUGGAGUUGGCACUGUGGGACACAGCAGGUCAGGAGGACUAUGACCGCCUUAGACCACUUUCCUACCCAGACACAGAUGUCAUCCUUAUGUGCUUCUCCAUCGACAGUCCUGACAGUUUAGAGAAUAUUCCAGAGAAGUGGACACCAGAGGUUAAACACUUCUGCCCCAACGUUCCCAUUAUUCUGGUGGGGAAUAAGAAGGACCUGCGGAAUGAUGAGCACACUCGGAGAGAGCUGGCUAAGAUGAAACAGGAGCCUGUUAAACCAGAGGAAGGGCGUGACAUGGCCAACCGCAUUAGUGCCUUUGGUUACCUGGAGUGCUCAGCCAAGACCAAGGAUGGGGUAAGGGAAGUGUUUGAAAUGGCCACAAGGGCAGCGCUGCAAGUGCGGAAGAGGAAAAAGAGGAGUGGCUGCUUGAUCUUGUGAGGGGAUUUGUAGAGUCCUGCAGAAGCAUCUGCCGACAUCUAGAAAUGUUUGGCAUUCAACGGCCCACGAAAGAACAUUUGAUUUGUAACCAAACAGCAUCUGUGUACUGUACUGAAUAUCGCAUAUGCAUCAAAAGGACCAAGACUGACAGUAAUAUAGGCUGGCACAAGAGAUGCCUCAGUUAUUUGGUUUUAUUUGCCUGUAACACUUGUUACAAUGUGAGAUUUGCACCUGAGUAAGAUCUAACUAUGCUGUAUUUUUUUUUUUUUUUUUUUUUUCUUUUUCAUAUUUGUUUGUUCACUGCCCUGAUCGUAGCUGUUAUUUCUAGAUGUAACAUCUGAACUUUUCAUUUGAACUGCUCACAGACUUGUUAGAAGUGAUUACUAAUUAACAAAGAAUUGUGUGUUCAUGCAGUGAUUUGAAUGUAAUUUAGUUUAUUUGAGCUUCUUUGAAAUGUUAAUUGAUCUUUCUUCACUACUAAUGGGUGUAAUGGCCAACUAUACAUUUGAAUAACUUUCAAUAAUUGGUACUAUUAUAGCACGUGACAUUGGUAUUCAUCAGACAAACAGGUACAGGAAGCACAAAUUCACAUCGUGGUGCCACUGAUACAUCUACACUGGAUUUAGACUGACCUAUACCAUAGACGCUGCUCUGAUCUUCGUUUCAGUACCUAAGACUGCAUUCUAUUGUACUCUGAUCAGUAUGCAGAGGCAGUGUGUAACCAGUCAAACAAACAGGAGAACCCAAAGGCUGCCAUAAAAAUUUCAUUAGAUUAAAACGGUCUCCUUGGGCACACUUUGAACAUUUACAGCGUCAAUAUAGCAUAUAAACAUGUACGUAUAAGAUAAAUGAUUUUUCUGUUUGUUUCAAAAGUGCAUUUUACACACGUCUACACACAUCCUAUUUACCUCUGUGCCUUCAGUUGCUUGUUGAGUUGGCCGUUUUCACCGUGGGUAAAGCACUGAAUGUAUUAUUGGGACCGGUGUUACGUUGUUAUUAUAAGAGGCGUUCUAUAGUCUUGCAUGCCAGUCACAUCGGUGUUGUCUGAAGCCUCUGUACUACUGUUGUCUUUUGUUUGUUUGUUUUUUCUUGCUUGCAAGAAUGAUCUGCAGAUAUAAAUACAGAUUUUAGCAAGAUCCCAUAUCAAUAGUUUACAUUACUGCCCCUUUCAGGUGAUGAGUUUAUUAAAAAUCUGUCAGAUUUCACAGCACUGUAUUAAUGCUAAAGUUUCAACUCUCUGCUGUUUGUUUUCUUACACUCUUAAUUCAGUAACCUAUAUGUACUGUGUAGUAAAUAUUCAAAGUAACAACUUUAUUAGCAGUUAACUUUAUUAACUGCUCUUCAUCUGUAGUUUUAGUUGGCUAAAGAAUGCAAGAUGUACAAAUUUUGGUAAUGUUCUAAAGUUAGAACUUGCCAGAGGUGUAAGAUACUUAGAUGUCUCGCUCAGUAAUUAAAAGGCACCAUGCAAUUAAUAUAGCACACAAAAUAAACGAGCACAAUAUCUACACUUCAUUUGUGUUUGCUUCUUUGAUAAUUUGUUGAUAAAAGCUGCAUGAGACAGUUCAAUGUUAAAGUACCUUUGUUUUUAUCUGAAAGUCUUUAAAUUGAAUCGAUUCUAAACCAAACUGGGUUAUAUGUGCAAACGUUGUAAUAUGUCUUAGUAAUACAGUAAAUAUUUGAAUGAAGCAAAAACCAAGCCAUGUCAAUAAACAUUUUUGGAACGA